AGACGGAGUGUUUACCAUGAGCCGAGCUUCCACUCAGUUGUAGUUCCUAGACUGUGAGGAUUCAUGUUUUCCUCCCAUUGGAUCGCAGUGGCUGUGGGAGCCGCUGCGCGCCGUGACGGGGACAGACAGUGAAGACAUUGGAGGGAGGGGAGGGAUUCAGUCCACUUCCUAAACAGACCGAGUCCAUCUUUAACUGAGAAAUGGGGUGCAGGCUCCCAAAGCUGAGGAAGGCCGAGGAGAGGCGCAGUCCUGGCAACAUCUACUCCACCCUCCGACGGCCUCAAGUGGAGACUAAGGUUGGAGUGGCCUACACCUACCACUUUCUGGAUUUCCUGUUGGGGAAAGAAGAGGUGCCGGUGUCGUCUGUGCUCUGUCUGUCGUCGGUCAGAGAGCUGCCGGUUCAGGUCAGGGAGCUGUACGCACAGGGCUUUGUCCUGGUGGCGGUUCACCCCUUCGUCCAUCCCUGCGGCCCUCGCCACGCUCACAUCCAACGGCAGCUCCACCGGGCCGUCUUGGUCCGGGAGACACACAGUCAAGAGAGAAGCCAGCUGAGGUGGGCGAGAAACCGUUUGGAGACAGAGGUCUGCGUGGCCAGUCAACAAGCCGCAGACCCAGAGGCCAUCCAGAACUACGUUAAGAAGAUCCAGGAUGUGGCCGAACAAGGGGCGAUGUUUGUGGGUUUCCUCCAGCAGCCAGGCGGAGGGCCGUACUUUCUGGGACACUGGGACCCGGAGGAGUUGUCGUCCUUGCAUUCGAGCCCGUCGCCGAUACACCGGCAGCCUUUCAGCAUGAACACGAGCCCGACGGGACCGGAUCUGCAAGGUGAAGACGCCGAUCUCUGUUGCUGCGAAUCUCAAGAGACGGAUCACGGGGGUGUGGAGAGUGACAAACCGGACCAGAACUCCUCCGUCUCCAGAAAACUAGACUUCAGCCCUCCCAAACACACCGUGAACCUCCCUCAUAACCCAGCGGAGCUUGGUGAUGAAACAACAACCUCACAGACUGGUCCCAAGGACUCCGGUAAACCUCGUAACCACAUCAGUUCUGAUGCUCGCAACACGACAGAAGCCCAGGGGAAAUGGUCAGGUCUGAGCCUACCAGAACCCGCCGUGGGGACAAGGCCGCAUGAGUGUAGACUACAAGAGAUUAAACAGCACUUCACUGCAUCCACGGAGAAACAUCUUAACCUCUCCAAACAGAGGGAGAGGAGAGUUUCCAGCCCAGACAGCUGGCUCAGCUCUCCAGAGUUGGAGCGCAACCGUUACAGAAGAUCUGACUCGACUCACGCGGAUUGGCAGAGACACGUGACGACGCAGAACAACAACCACAUCAGGCUGAAGAACUGUGGGAACGACACGGGUUCAACCUCGCCACCAGCGCAGGCUAGGAUGCAGCUGUUUGCGCUGUACAACCACACAGAAGAGCCUGACACCUCCCUGAGGUUCUACUCCCUCAGGGUGCCUCUCCACGUUCAAAAGGAGGCGGAGGCCAUCACGGACGUCGACGCAAACUGGCUCGACCACAUGACGCAGCAUUUUAGCAGCGGCGCGCAGCUCAUCGACGGCUUUUUCCACCUUACAGAUGACCACGACAGCGGCGUUUCAUCUGUGGACAGCGUCUUCAUCUUGCAGAGCUCGGCGGAGGACACCACCGACACCUCCUACGACGCCAUCGUGGUUGAGCAGUGGACUGUCAUAGAUGGUGUCGUGGUGAAGACAGACUACAUCCCGCUGCUCCAGUCUUUAGCUGCAUAUGGAUGGAGACUGAUGUGUGUGCUGCCAACGCCCAUCGUCAGAACAAACAGUGAUGGAAGUUUGUCGACUAAGCAAAUCCUUUUCCUUCAGAGGCCCGUUUUGCAACGCAGGAGAAAAGACUUCAAGAUGCUGAACCUCAGAGGUCGCGGCAAGGCGAAGAAACACUCGGCCGGGGAAGCGCUAGACGAGCAGGAGAACAAGUCUCUCGUGAUAGAGACCGAGAUGGACAGGCUGAGGAUCAACGAGGAGGAAGAGGAGGCGGAAGCCGAGGGGAGGAAGCGAGGGGACGGCGGGAGGAGCAACAGAGCGAGCCUUCAGAAGAGCGGCGAGGAUGCGCUGCAUCAAAAGGCCCUCUCCCUCCUGUUGCAGCGCAGGGCUUCUGCGGAACAUCAAGAGGAGGAGACUGACGUCGACGCCGUCCCGCUGCCCGGGCUGGAGAAGGAGGUGAGGUGGAUGGAUUUCUGUCCGGGUGAUGAGAGGGGGUUAAAGGAAAAGGUCAGGGCGGAGGAGCGGAUUAAACAGCAGCUGUUCUCCGGAGUCUGUUGACGUACGUCACUCGGGAACCCGAGCAAUCGGAGGGAGCGGAAAACCUGGUCGGCCUGCGGAGCGAAGAGCUUUUUAUCUGUUUGUAUUCCUGUGAAACAACGAGAGUCGAGCAUAUACAGUGCUGUGCAGUGCUUACAAAACGCUCUUCUUUUUUUUCUUUCUACCCCAGUCGACCCGAGUGAAUGCAAAAUACCGUUUUCAAAUGAUGAUGUUCAAGCUAACUUUUGUUUUUAACCUA